AUGGCCUUUAGUCCUAGCUCACCUUGCGAUUCUGACACUCGGGAGCGGAGUUGGAACGAGUAUUGGUCGGCUCAGCUUAAGAAGCUUCCUGUAUUGCCUAGUCCACGACCUCGCGCCCUAACGCCAGACCUGUCUUCUGAGUCUGGGGCUAAUUCAGCACCGACACCACGUUACCAAGGGUCUUCCUUCUGGUUCAAAGUUCCACCUAAUAUUCGAAGAGACAUCCUUCGCCUGACAUUUGGUGAUACACGUCUUCACCUGUUUAUCGAAUGCGACUAUCCUGAUGUCCCUCAUAUACUCUACUCCACCAACACUUUAAUAUUGGAAGAUACAUGCGUGCUCAAGCAUCUCCCGAAAUUACUAUUACACCAAAGGCUUGAGCUAGUGACCUCACUUGAGGUCACCUGGCCAAUACGAUCCUGCAGAACGCCCGAUUCGAGGAAAUUCUGGGAGGAUCUGGACGUAUACAGUUUCGACCAAUUGUUGGAUUUCGUCUCACUGUCCCAAUUCCCCAACCUUCGUCGACUUUACGUAUAUCUUCCCUUGGACGACUAUCAUGAACUAUUUGGGGGCGACCACUUUAAUCAUACGGGCAUAAUCUUGAACCGCCUGGAUCCAUUUGUACGGCGGAUGACACAUCUAGUCGAAUGCUCAUUUGCAUUACACAGCGACCUUUUCGACUUUGCACUCUGCGACGCAAAGGUGGAGUAUAAAGAUGGUAUCGAAACAAGGAUAGAAUGGGGCUCAUACAGGCAGAUCUGGAGAGAUGACAAUGGCAAUUUGAGUACUGUAAAGCUUCCAUAUCAGGAUAACUAUCCAGAUCGGCCAUACGGCGUUCUUGGAGAUGGCGAGAUAACUAUUGGCUACUGGAUCCUAGAGGGAUCAGAAGAAACCGCAUACUUUAGUUACCUUGACGAGAUAACUGGUAGAGGUGCAGUUUUUGGAAGUUGUGUUGAGUAUGAAGGAGGCGGCUUUUACCUGGAGGAAGUCACGAAAAAUUGA